AUGGGGAAGCAGCAGUGGCCAAGUGUUGUGAAAAUAACGUUAUGUAUCCUUGUCGUGAUCGCCGUCUUCAUUCGAGAGCAAACCCUCGUCAACGGGAAUCCGCUCAAGCAGAGCUCGUCACUGGAAAACAAUGAUCAAAACUCAACGCAGUCGUGCAGUUUGGACUAUCUUGCAUGUAUCAAGGGCUUACAACUAUCCUCAAACUCUAGUAGAUACAGUUAUUCGAAUAAAACGGAUGUAGUACAAUUCAACGAGUUUACGCAUAACACUCACAGUCGCGUCCGAAGGCAAAUAGCAACAAGUUACGUUCAGUGGAUUCGAUACUUCCGAGCUUUGCGACGUAGUGAACGAGCCAAAUUUCGGCAGUACAUUCGAGAUUUUUUUACAAUUACUUCUGCUGCACCUACAACCGCAGCUCCUGGUACUUCAAUGACACCCACCCCUUCAACAACUACGCCAGACGUUCCUUUAACAACGUCGGCAGCUGCUACAACGACCCCAGCCAUCACUUCAACGACAACCGAAGCUGCAACUACUACCGCCCCGGCAACAACAACUGCUGCAGUCACAACUACAACCGACGCUCCUUUAACAACGUCGGGAGCUGUCACGAUUACAUCAACAACCACUAUUGCCCCAGCAACUUCUAAUGCCCCGACAACGACAGCUGCUGCAAUCACCACUACAUCCGCCGAUACUACGCCAUAUCUUCCAUGUAUCAAGGGUUUACGACUAUCCUCAAACUCUAAUAGAUACAGUUAUUCAAUUAAAACGGAGCUUGCGCAUAAUACUCACGGUCGCGUCCGAAGACAAAUAGCAGUAAACUACAUCCAAUGGUUACGGCACAUGAAAACUUUAAAACGUAAAGAAAAAGCCAAAUUUAAGCAGUAUAUUAAAAAUUUCUUUACAACUACUACUGCUGGCCCUGCAACCACAACCGCAGCUCCUGCUACUUCUACUACAACUGCCGCUAUCACAACCACGCCAGAAGUUACUUCAACUACAGCCGCAGCUACUACAACAACAUCUGGAGCUGCCACAACUACACCAGGAGAUACUACAACCACUGAUGAAACUACUUCAACAACAUCGGCAGCUACCACAACUACGUCAGGGGAUACUACAACCACUGAUGAAACCACUUCAACAACGUCUGGAGCGUCCACAACUACGCCAGAAGCUAUUUCAACUACAGCCGAAGCUACUUCAACGACUUCGGGAGCAGCCACAACUACGCCAGAAGGUACUUCAACAUCUGGAGCUGCCACAACUACGCCAGAGGGUACUUCAACUACAGCCGAAGCAACUUCAACAACAGCCGAAGCAACUUCAACAACAUCUGGAGCUGCCACAACUACGCCAGAAGUUACUUCAAGUACAGCCGAAGCAACUUCAACCACGUCGGGAGCUGCCACAACUACGCCAGAGGGUACUUCAACUACAGCCGAAGCAACAUCAACAACGUCGGAAGCAGCCACAACUACGCCAGAAGUUACUUCAAGUACAGCCGAAGCAACUUCAACCACGUCGGGAGCUGCCACAACUACGCCAGAGGGUACUUCAACUACAGCCGAAGCAACUUCAACAACGUCGGAAGCUGCCACAACUACGCCAGAAGUUACUUCAAGUACAGCCGAAGCAACUUCAACCACGUCGGGAGCUGCCACAACAACCCCAGAAGCUACUUCUACGUCAGAAGCUGCCACAACUACGCCAGAAGCUACCUCAACUACAGCCGAGGCCACGUCAACAACGUCUGGAGCUGCCACAACUACUUCAGAAGGUACUUCAACCACAGCCGAAGCAACUUCAACAACGUCGGGAACUGACACAACUACGCCAGAAGGUACUUCAACAACAGCCGAAGUAACUUCAACAACAUCAGAAGCUGCCACAACUACCCCAGAAGGUACGUCAACAACGACCGGAGCUGCCACAACUAGCCCAGAAGGUACUUCAACAACGUCCGGAGCUGCCACAACUACGCCAGAAGGUACCUCAACUACAACAGAAGCAACUUCAACAACGACUGAAGCUGCCACAACUACGCCAGAAGGUACUUCAACUACAGCCGAAGGUACCUCUACGUCAGAAGCUGCCACCACUACGCCAGAAGCUACCUCAACUACAGCCGAAGCAACUUCAACAACAUCGGGAGCUGCCACAACUACGUCAGUAGGUACUUCAACUACAGCCGAAGCAACUACAACAACGUCGGGAACUGACACAACUACGCCAGAAGGUACUUCAACAUCUGAAGCUGCCACAACUACGCCAGAAGGCACUUCAACAACAGCCGAAGUUACUUCAACAACGUCGGAAGGGGCCACAACUACACCAGAAGCUACUUCAACUACAGCCGAAGCAACUUCUACAACGUCGGGAGCUGCCACAACUACGCCAGAAGUUACUUCAACUACAGCCGAAGGUACCUCUACGUCAGAAGCUGCCACCACUACGCCAGAAGCUACCUCAACUACAGCCGAAGCAACUUCAACAACAUCGGGAGCUGCCACAACUACGUCAGAAGGUACUUCAACCACAGCCGAAGCAACUUCUACAACGUCAGAAGCUGCCACAACUACGCCAGAAGUUACUUCAACUACAGUCGAAGCUACUUCAACAACGUCUGAAGCUGCCACAACUACACCAGAAGCCACUUCAACUACAGCCGAAGCUACUUCUACGUCAGAAGCUGCCAACACUACGCCAGAAGCUACCUCCACUACAGCCGAAGCUACUUCAACAACGUCUGGAGCUGCCACAACUACGCCAGAAGCUACUUCAACUACAGCCGAAGCUACUUCAACAACGUCUGGAGCAUCUACAACAUCGCCAGAGGCAACUUCAACCACAACCGCAGAUACUACAACUAUAUCACGAGCCACCCGUGGCGGACUAACUACGUCGACAGCUGCCAUCAGUUCAACUACAGCCUCAGAGACUACCUCAACAGCGUCGGAUACUACCGCUAGUACAACCGCUGCCAUCACAACCACCGCAGAUGUUACUUCAACGACAAGCACUGCUGCCGAAAGUACAACCGAAGCUACCGCAACAACGACGGAAGCUGUCACAACUACAGCGGCCGUCACGUCAACUGCAGCGUCAGAGACUACCUCAACAUCAGCGUCGGACACUACACCAACUGGAGCUGACACUUCCUCGACUGCAUCCGCCACUACCAGUGCAACUACAGUGUGUACCUGUAUUUAA